AUGCUCCCGAGAACCAAGAGACCCGAAGCCGUCUCAUUCGGGGGCCUCGCCUCCGCCACCAACCUCCCACGCAUCGCGCAGCUCGUACAGGAACGGCGGCAAGCCAACCCCAACCCGCGACUAUGUGAGCGGUGCCAGGACUGGGACGUCCCCGACUUUGCCGCUGGUCUCGGAUCGAAGACCCACCACUAUGUCUCGCUGGAGAGCAUUUCUUUUCGGUCUUUGAAGUGUCUCUUUUGCCGCGCAGUCGCUGCGGCUGUCGAGGCGCGACGGCGGGAGGAUGGCUGGCUACGUGACUGCUCCGAGGCGUGCUUGUUCGUUGCGCUCCAGGGCCCUUUCUUUCUUGAUUCAGGCUUAGCUGAGGACCAGAAAUAUCGGUUGUUUGCUUCUUCUUCUGAUGAAGUCUCCGUGAGGUUGUUUCUGGAGUUGACUCUGAGUACGGUGCCAGACAAGUCAAAGUUGGAGACUUUGGAUGCAUUACCGUCGCCUUUUGCGGCUGAAUACUUUGACGUUGAGACAUUGAAGGGUUGGAUCGAUGGAUGUGAGAUUCUUCACGGUCACCACUGCGUAACCAAGUACAAGUCGAUUGAUCAUCUUCCUAUAGGGUUUGGGGUCAUCGAUGUCCGUGGAAUGAAGAUUGUCAAGCCUUCAAGGCCGGUCCGCUUCGUUGCUCUCAGCUACAUGUGGGAAGCCUCUGAGGCAUCGGGACAUGCCCAGCUGGAGAUGACGAACGCCGAGGACUUGGAAGCUCCAGGAAGCCUCGAGUCCAAGGCUAUCUAUCUAUGGGUGGACCGUCUUUGUAUCGUUCAAGAUGACGAGCGAUCGAAGCCUGACCAGAUAGACGGAAUGGACCGGAUCUACCAGUCUGCAUCUUUCUCGAUUCUCGCCGCACUGGAUGAUCGCCGGGGAAACGGGUUCCCUGGAUAUGCUGGCAACCCUAGGAGGCCACGCGCCUCCUUGUGGUGUCCGCCGCGGAAUCGGAACGUUGGGAAGGGGAUUGACCCGAACGGUCUGCAAACGGUAGUCGACGCAUCCCUGUGGAACCGGAGGGGAUGGACGUUCCAGGAGAGACUUCUUUCCAGGCGCAGCAUCUUCAUCACGGAGUACCAGGUCUUAUUCCAGUGCUGUCGGGGCCACGCCGCUGAGGAACUUACUUGGGGACGAGCACGACAUGAAGUUCCUACACCGUUGCCCAGCGAGGACGCAGAGCCAACUCAAGCAGAAGAUCCCAUCGACGAGUACGACUCACAAGCUCAUCACGCGACCCAAACAGAUAUCGACGAAUCGACGACCGAGAAGAAGACACACCACAUCCCCAGCAUCCCGGCUUCUACCGCCGAGCGCUCCACAACAGAGACGCACCAGUCAAACUACGAGGCCAAGUAUCCCUAG